UGGAAAGUGUUUGGUACUGAAGGCACCAGUAAUAUUUUAAGAACACGGUGAGCGAACAAGAUAGUUUGCCUACGUCAGUGGAAAAAGCGAACUUUUUGAAAAUGAUCGAAUCGAUUAUGGAGAAAGAAAAAGUUGUAUUUUCAAGAUCCAAAGUUUGCUUAGAAGGGACACGAGCUUUGGAAGAAGCGUUUGAGCUUUUUGUGCCUUGGCCCAAAGACUUUACCCCCAGUUCGGAUGGGAUGUGGGAUUUUCUGUGUAGUUUUAAGCAUGAAGGCUUUUCCCCUGUCAUUUUGAGAAGCAAGGAUGUUUACGGGUAUUCGUCUUGCAGAUCAGUUGUGCCAGAUAAGAACGCUACAGGUGUUAAAAGGGUCAAGGGCUUGGCAAAUGCCAAAAAGAAGGCGCCUGGCUUACGAAGAGAGAGAAAAAAGAAAAGAGGAAGAAAAUCCAAGAAGCCGAACACAAGAGGUCUCGGAAAUGUAUUUAACUUUCUGGAAACUGUAACAAACUCUUCCUGCGCAGCAGCAAAUUUGCCCAGCAGUGUAGUGUCGAAUUUACCGAAAACUGUAUCAAGACCAAAUUCACCGGUAUUUGAGUCAAACGCAAUGUGCAUUGUAUCAAAUCCACCAAUCAUUGAUUCACCGGAGACAGUAUCAAACUCGCCGUUCACUGCACUGGAGAGUCUGGAGACUGCGUCAGUCUCUUCGGACAGUACAUUACCCGAGUCGCUGGAGGCAAACUCGCUGGACACUGGUAUUGUGUAUUGUCAAAGGACUUUGGAGGAAAUCUGGAGGGCAGCAACUCCUAAAAUAAUUACUGUUAAAACGGUGGUGGUGAAAGACGACGUGUCUAGUGAAAAAAACACAGCUGCUGCUCGCAGAAGAGCAGAAAAACUAAUGCAUUUAAAUUUGACACCUGUCUUAAAAUUACGACGCUUAAAUAUGCCACAGUAACUUGUUGUACGAGUUCUGAACCAACAUUAUGCUGCUAUAUCAAACUUUACUACUGAGCGCGAUACAACUGGACCUAGCUGCAAAAAAAUAUGUAGUGCACAUAACCUCAACAAAUAAAUGCAGCACAUACAAAAAAACAAACAACUACCAAAUGGUAUUAAAUAUUAUUGAUUUUUGUAUUUUUUUAAACGCAUUUCAAAACUUACAAAAUGGUUGAAAUCUGUUGCUGUUGUAAACAUAUUAAGCUGUGUUUUUAUAUUCUGUCCUGCAGGUAAUUUAUUUAUUAUUUGUAUUAUUUAUAUGGCUGUGACAUCCAAGUCCAUAUGUACUGUAUAUGCAACAUUUAGACUUUACAACAAUUAUAAUCCAAUUUACCCGAAUUACUUCGCGUUUCUGUUAUGUGAUUUGCAGGGAAAUAGAUUACAAGCACAACAAAUGAUUUAUUCACGAAAACUUAAAAAAAACAAACCAAAAAAAAAAAAAAAACACACACACACAACGGUUACCGGUGAAUUACUUUUGACUUUCAAUGAUCUAGCAACAGAUAUUACAAGUUUUUGUUAGUUGACUAUUUUGUAGAUUAUUGUGAUACAUUUCAAACUGGACUGAACAACACAGAUGGUACUGCCAUAACCUGUAUUAAUUGCAGCUUUAAGGCAGAAUCAUGUAUCUCUUUAAAUCUAAUACCAGUCAGACACGAGUCUUCUAAACUCUGCCAACGUUGUUGUUUGCGGGUGUAGGGCAUGAAAGUUUAAAAGUGUAAUGAUGUCUGUUAUAUAAAGAUGGAGAUCACUGGUUAAUGGACAGUAGACAUUUAAUUGUGUGGUGGUAGGGGGGUGGAGUUUGAGUUUUGAAGGCUCUUGGAGGUAUUACUUAUUAACCUUAAGUUGUGACCAAUGUACCUUGUUUGUUUUCUUUUUGUAUUAUAUGCUGGAAAAGUGUUUUUU